GUAUAAUCUGAUUAAAGCGUUUAUUAGGUAUCUUAUUAGAAGAAGCAAGUUGAUUCAGUUACACCUCACAACUAUUUGUGUUAAUAUCUUAACAAUGGAUAUUAUCGAAAUGGGGAAUCCAUCUAAUAGUAAAAUUUACGGUGGUUUAAGUCAACAUAUUGAUUUUAAUUCAUUGCCCGAUCCGAGUGAACGUUUUCAAUUGCAAGAUUUAAUUGGUGAAGGAACUUACGGAGAAGUUUAUGCAGCUUUUGAUAAAGAAACAGAUAAGCAAGUUGCUGUUAAAAUAUUAGAAAAUAUCGCUGAUAAUAUUGAAGAAAUAGAAGAAGAAUAUUUAAUAUUACGUGAUUUGGGUUUUCAUCCAAAUCUUCCAUUAUUUUAUGGUUUGUAUUUUAAAAAAAGUGACUCGUCAGACAAUCAAGAUCAAUUGUGGUUUGUUAUAGAGCUUUGUACUGGAGGAUCAGUGACGGAUCUUGUACAGGGACUUAAAAAACGCGGAAGCCGUUUAACUGAUAACCAAAUAGCAUAUAUAAUAAAAGAAAUUGUAGAAGCACUUAUAUAUAUGCAUAAUAAUAAUUGCAUGCAUCGAGAUGUUAAAGGUCACAAUAUAUUGUUAACUGAAGAUGGUAAUAUUAAAUUAAUUGAUUUUGGUGUGUCAACACACCUCAAUACAGAUAUUUCUAGAAAAAAUACUUCUGUUGGUACACCAUACUGGAUGGCACCAGAGGUCAUUGCUUGUGAACAACAAUUGGAUUUAACAUAUGAUUGCCGUUGUGAUAUAUGGUCAGUUGGUAUAACAGCAAUUGAAUUAGCAGAGGGUGAACCACCUUUAUCAGAAUUACACCCAAUGCGUGCAUUAUUUCAAAUUCCACGUAACCCACCUCCAAGUUUAAAAAACCCAGAUAUUUAUUCCCCAGAAUUGUCUGAUUUUAUAACUGAAUGCUUAGUUAAAGACCUUGAACACCGUCCGUAUGCAACAGAGUUAAAGCAACAUCCCCUGUUGAACGAUAUUGAUUUUAUGAUUCCGCAAAUAAAAUUAGAACUCGUUGAAGAGAUAAAAUUAGAAAAAUCAUCAUCAGUAUUGAACCGUCGUAUUGAAUCAACAACAAAGCACGGAAAAUUAAAAGUAAAUCGUAAAGCACCACCGAAAAAAAUCUACUUUGAUGAUUUAGCAGCACUGGAUUCAUUUACUGAAGAGAUAAUUGUCGAACAAUUGGAGGAGAGAUUUAAACAGGGUCAAAUUUAUACUUAUAUUGGCGAUAUAUUAGUCGCUGUAAAUCCUUAUAUUAAUCUCGGACUGUACACAGGAAUAGAACAACGUCGCUAUCGUGGACAAGCUAGAUCAGAUAAUCCGCCUCAUAUAUUCGCAGUAGCUGAUGCAGCUUACCAAGCUUUGCUUCAUCAGCGAAUUAACCAGUCAAUAAUAAUAAGCGGAGAAUCUGGAGCUGGUAAAACAGAAAGUGCUAAUUUAUUACUUAAACAAUUGGUUUAUUUAAGCAAAGCACCCAAUCGUAAUAUUGAAGAGCAGAUACUUGAAGUUAAUCCAAUUAUGGAAGCUUUUGGCAAUGCAGCAACUGGCAUUAACAAAAAUUCAUCUAGAUUUGGUAAAUAUUUAGAAUUAACGAUAACUAAAGGCGGUAAAGUUACUGGAGCACGAAUUGCUGUUUAUCUACUUGAACAAUCUCGGGUUGUUUUGCAGUCAAAUGGUGAAAGUAAUUUUCAUAUUUUUUAUUAUAUUAUCCAGGGAUUAAAUGCUGAAGAAAAAUUAGAUGAAUAUCAUCUAUGUUCCAAAAAUUUGUAUAAAUAUUUAACUUGCAAUGAAAAUCAUGACAAUACUCAAUCAAUUUUUGUUGAUAAAUUUAAUCAAAUAAACAAAAGCUUUAAAGUAAUUGGGUUUCAUGAAGAUCAAGUGAAUACAGUUUACAGAGUACUGGCUGCAAUUUUAAAUUUAGGAAAUAUUGAAUUCAAAGAACAAGAUUCUGAAGACAAUAAUGAUGACGACAAUAAUAAAUGUACUGCUGAUAUUGAACCAUUAAACAGUGUUGCUGAUUUAUUAGGAGUUGAAUCUCAAGAUCUAUUAGAAACAUUUACGUCAAUAUCUGUUGUAACACGUGGAGAAACAAUAGUACGCAAUAAUACUAUCAACGAAGCACAAACAAUUCGUGAUGGGAUGGCUAAAGGAUUAUACGGACGGUUAUUCGAUUGGAUUGUUAAUCAAAUAAAUGAUUGCAUUAGCUUUAACCGUAGUUUAAAUAAAAACUAUGAACCAUUAACAAUAGGGCUGUUGGAUAUUUUUGGGUUUGAAAACUUUUCCAAGAAUUCGUUUGAACAAUUGUGUAUAAAUAUCGCUAAUGAGCAGAUACAAUAUUACUUUAACCAGCAUAUUUUUACUUGGGAGCAACAAGAGUAUAUUGCGGAAGGAAUACCAAUUGAUGUAAUUGAAUUCUAUGACAAUCGUCCGGUACUAGAUAUGUUAUUGAGCAGACCAAUUGGAUUAUUGGCGUUGUUAGAUGAAGAAACCCGCUUUCCAGGAGCUAAUGACAAAUCACUAAUUGAAAAGUUUCACAAUAAUAUCAAAUCACAAUUUUACAUCCGUCCAAAAUCAGACGCUCUCUGUUUUGCAGUUAAUCAUUUUUCUGGACGAGUUGUGUAUCAAGCUGAUGGAUUUCUGGAUAAAAAUCGCAACUUUUUGUCCCCUGAAGUUGUUCAACUAAUCAGACAAUCGCAAUUUGAUAUGAUAAGAUUUUUAUUUCAGUGUCCUAUUACCAAAACAGGCAAUUUGUAUUCAACUACAACAAUGACGAAGCGUAUUUUCAAUAAUGAAGAUGAUAGAAAUUAUUUAAGCACACGUGAUAAAUAUCCUAAUCGAAUUAGUGUAUUAGCAUCGCAAUCGCGAGUUCAACAAACAGUCUCGACUUAUUUUAGGUACUCAUUAAUGGACUUGUUGCAAAAAAUGGUGAGUGGUACUCCGCAAUUUGUGCGUUGCAUCAAACCAAAUGACCUAUCAAGCCCCCAAUUGUUUGAUAAUGAAAAAGUUAUUAAACAAUUACGUUACACUGGAGUGCUUGAAACAAUUCGAAUAAGACAAAAUGGAUUUUCCCACCGGAUAUCAUUCGCAGAUUUUUUAAAACGCUAUUGCUUUUUAGCAUUUGGAUGGGAUGAAACAGUUCUUGCUAAUCGCGAUAAUUGUAGAUUGUUAUUAAUACGUCUUAAAAUAGACGGUUGGGCUUUAGGUAAGACAAAAGUAUUUUUAAAGUACUAUCACGUUGAAUUUUUGUCUAAAAUGUAUGAAGAACAAUUGAAGAGAAUAGUUAUGGUGCAAGCUUGUAUAAGAAGAUGGUUGGCUAAAAUUCAUUAUAGAAAAGAAAAAUGGCAAUUGGCGUGCUCUGUUGUUACAUUGCAGCGGCAUAUAAGAGGGUGGUUGUUGAGAAAACGCUUAACUGAAGCUGUUAUAUCAAGCGAAAGUCAACAUCUAGAUAGUCGUGUUAGUACGCCUAUUCAUCAAGCUGAAAAUUUAGCUAAGACUAUUCAACCUUUAAGAGAUAGUGAUGAAAAUAUUGACACAGAUUUGUCAAAAAUUAAUCAGGAUAAUGCUGCUGUUAUUAUUCAAAGUAACUUCCGAGGAUACACCAUCAGAAAAAAAUUCGGGUCGGAGCUUGAACAGAAAUUUAAAGAAAUAUUGAAUAAAUAUGAUAAAAAAUCGGAGGCACGAGAAGCAUUAAUUAAUGAAGGAGUCAGUAAAGAAGAUGCUAUUUUAAUUGUUCAUAGAUGGUACAAGCGUGAAGUUUAUAAUCAAAGAAAAUCAAUUAUCGAUCCUAUUCAUUCUAAAUUAAGACAAGCUGAGCUCAUUCAAUUUUCACAAAAUAUUCAUAUGAAGAAUCAACAAAUUCAUAAAUAUUUACGGCGCAAUAAACCGGGAUUACGAUUAGCUGAAAUAGAACAGCUACCUGAAGAUUAUGAGCGACCUGAUGGAUUUAAAAUAGUUGAAAAGAUAAUGGAGUAUCGUGAUGAUAGUCAACUAGGAAAUGACGACGAUGAUACUGUUAAAUAUUAUAGAAAUUUAAAAGAUGAAAUGAGCAGUGGUUCGGAAUUCGAAGAAGACGAAGCUGGUUGGGACUCACCGCUGAUACAGCUGGAAAAUGACCUUCACCCUACAUCGAGUCGCCCAGCUCAAGUCUUGGAAAUGAAAUCAGAACGAGAGGAUCGGAUAAAAUCCCAAGGCGACUACGCGAUAGCACCGGAACAACAGCUUUCCGAUAUUUGGCACAAAGCCCUGAGACAACCACCUCUGACAAUAGGAAAUUCUGGAAAUUCUAUAAGAGGAAUAAUGAAAAACUUUCAGUACAACGAUUAAUGGGUUGUGCAUCGUUAUUCUCUGGAACUAAAUUAUCUAAAUCAACAAGCGAAUUAUCUUCAAAUAUACGUAUAUCAACAUUACAAUUAAUAUAUGGUUCAGCUCCGGAAAUAUAUUAAAAAUAAUUAAUUUUAAUAACUAUUUAGAAAUAAUUAAAAAUACCGUUGUUACUAUUAUUACUAUUAAUCAUUUAUUAAAAAUUAAUGAGAAUUAGUUAUUGUAAUUUGUAUUUUAGAUUAAAUUAUAUCAUUCAUUAAUUAUUUUACUGAUUACGUCAAAAAAAAUAAAAAUAAAA